CUUUCCCUUCUAUUUUCUUGGUGAAUUUUUCUGGAGCAAGAUAGAUGGGAGAUCUUUCAGCAUCAGAAUUACUAGGAAAAUUCUUCAGGCAAGUCUACCCGAUUUAAUAUCACAUUCUGGUAAUCUAACUUUAGUAGUUAGGCUUCCCUGACUUGAGAGCCAUAUUGUAAAACCAUUCAUAAAGAGUUUAGGCUCUUGUGUUGGGUAUUUUGUUUAUUUAAAAAGUAAAGUAAAAGGGAGGAAUAGAAGACUCUUUAAAAAAUUCUUGUUCAGCCCCCGUAUGCGAAUCAGUGCAGUAGAGCGGAUAUAAACAAGACAAGAAGAGCUUCAAAUUAAGGUUUGCAGUCCUAGGAACAGUUCUCCAGUUCUGUGGAAUUGGGUGGCACGUGGCGGGAUCAGCCACCGUGCAGGAUGGACACCUUGAAACGGAGUCGAGCACAAGCCUGGCCGGAGGAGACGGGGGACAGGGAGCACGGACUCUAUAGUUUGCACCGCAUGUUUGAUAUUGUGGGCACUCACCUGACCCACCGGGACGUACGUGUGUUGUCCUUUCUCUUUGUGGAUGUGAUUGAUGACUAUGAGAGGGGGAUGAUCCGCAGCGGCCGGGACUUCCUGUUGGCCCUAGAAAGGCAGGGCCGCUGUGAUGAGACCAACUUCCGCCAGGUGCUGCAGCUACUGAGGAUUAUCACGCGCCAUGACCUCUUGCCCUAUGUCACACUGAAGAGGAGAAGGGCUGUGUGUCCAGACCUUGUAGACAAGUACUUGGAAGAGACAUCCAUUCGUUACGUGAUGCCCCGAGCUCACAGCGACACAGAACAUGGUCUCGCCCACCCCCACAAAUCAGUGCCUCCGCAUCACCCUGUGGUCUGCCGCUCCUCUGCUGGCCCUCAGAUAUGUUCCAAGAGGCCUGGCCGUGGGAGAGCCCUGCUCAGCAGCCAGCAUAAGAGGAGGAAGUCAAUGACGCCGGAUCCUAAAGAGAAACAGACUUGUGAUAUCCGCCUGCGAGUCCGAGCCGAGUACUGCCAGCACGAGACGGCACUCCAGGGCAACGUCUUCUCCAACAAGCAGGACCCCCUGGAGCGGCAGUUUGAGCGCUUCAACCAGGCCAACACCAUCUUAAAAUCCCGGGACCUGGGCUCUAUCAUCUGUGACAUAAAAUUCUCAGAGCUCACCUACCUCGACGCCUUCUGGCGCGACUACAUAAACGGCUCUUUGCUGGAGGCCCUCAAGGGCGUCUUCAUCACGGACUCGCUCAAGCAAGCCGUGGGCCACGAGGCCAUCAAGCUGCUGGUCAAUGUGGACGAGGAGGAUUACGAGGUCGGGCGCCAGAAACUCCUGCGGAACUUGAUGCUGCACACGGCCCCUUGACCUUCCCUGGGCUCGGCCUUGGCUGUUCUUUCAGAGCCAAUUGUUUCAUUUUUUUUAAAGGAAAAAAAUCAUUUAAAAAACCCACUGACCCUCCGCCUCCCUCAGCAGACUCCUGCAAAGUGCUGUGUAACUGUAGGGCUGGUCUGAGCAGGAGGAGGGCUGUGCUACCACUUAGCCAGCUCUCUGGUGGCCCCAGCCUAGCUGAGAGUCCACAAUACCUAGAGCAGUCCAGAGAGCGACUCCCGCUUUGCCCGGGAGCUUGGCCGGAGGAAGAGCUGCCGACAGGAGUGCUGGGUGCUUCCGUGUUCUGUCCUGUCCCCCUCCACUCCAUUUUCUCUUGUGCUGGUUUUUCUUUUAUACGGUCUGAUUUUCUAAAAAAGUGCAAAACUGUCUUGGGGCACUGGGGCCCUGCCCGUGUGCAGGAGGGACAUGGGGCGGUGGGACUCCUGAUUAUUCACUUUAAUAAAAAUGAUCGAGUGCAGUGGGAGCUGGUGUGUGUGGAAUGAACAGCAAACGGGGUGCGGGGCAGCCUCCUUUUUUACCCCAAACCCACCCUGUGGCACUGGCCUUCCGUUAGUGGGAGCCUGUUUCCACCAGUCCACUUGGGUGGUUCUCAGCUGGGCACCUUGCAGGUGUCCCCUUUAGCCAGUUUGGAACCCUCUCCAGCGUGGGAUGCUGGGAGGGAUGGGGCACUGUGUGCCCCCCAUGCGCUGGCUGCCAGGUCAGAUGUGUGAUGGAGAGAUUCACUCAGGCUGGUUGUAAUCUAAACAGCUGCCGAAGGAGUUUGUGAGGGUGGGGACAGAACUGACAGGCUGAGCGAAGGUGAUCGCUGUCCCAGCCCCUGGCGCGGCUCUGUGGCAUCAUCUGCACUAGGCCUGGGAGGAGGAAGGGGGCUUGUUUCAGAAGUAACAUUUGCACCAGCGUAGCCUGUGCUGUUAAUCUGCCUCCAGAGGCGGGAGCUAAGUGUUCCCUUCGCUCAGUGCCCAGCCUGCAUGCCUGUUACCCCAUCUCUGCCAAGCCAGCAUCUGCCUCUGACACCAGAGGGAGACCUGAGCAAGGGCCUGCCUACCCUGCUGCUGUCUGGUACAUGGAGCUGCUCCAUGGCUGCUUCCCCCCUCCCAUGAGAUGCUUGCGGGCCCACCUAGGGAUGUGCAUUCCCACUCCCUUUGCCUGGAGGGUGGGGAACAUGUGGGGGCAGGACUGGGCUUUUGGGGUGUUCAGGGGCCUUGUCCCAGCCUAUGGGUGGGGAUGGUGAGAACCCCGCACUGGCCCAAGUCACAGAUGGUGUCCCAAAGUCUCUCCCCCUCUUGCUACUGGGCCCAGCAGCAGUGGGGCUGGUGGGGCCCUGGGGCUGUCGCAGGGAGGGGUGCAUUAGCACAGGCUGUAGAGUAAGGCUUUGGCACAGGGUCUGCUCCCAAGUGGGAGGAUGGUGGCUCCUGUUUGAUCCGGCCCCACAGUGGAAGGUUUAUGAUUUGAAUUUGUUCCCUGCUUGGUUUGACAGGCUCCAGCUGGGAACCUAGAGGUGGGGGAUAAAAUCCAAUCAGGGCUGUGCUGGCUGGUCAGCUCCUUGGCACCGGGCCUAGGCUGUCUUGCCAGCAAGGGAUGUCCCAGGAGGAAGGAUCUGCUGCCAGAAGGUGCAGGCAGGAGGCCGUGCGCGGCAUUAGGCCCAGUCUAGUUACAACCACAGCUUGCUGGCCCCAGAGCCAUCGUUCUUCCUCUGCACAGCGCCUAGCGCCUCAGCUCCACUCACUUAGUCUCAGAGCAUCUCCCCCCAUCACAUGCGGGACACCGGAGGCCACUGAGCUGGCUGGGGGUGGUCACUAGCUUAGCUGCACAUUGUAAAGGUGGGGAUAACUGGUUAUGUCUUACAUUUGUUACUCCCUCCCCUCCUGCUGAGCCCAGAACUUGGAGCCAGACAGACCUAGCCAGUCACAUGCCCACUUGGUAACACCAUCUCCCGGGCCUCUUGGAUCCAGUGGGCCUGGGGCCAGACUUGGCACCUGGCGGUUGAGUGGAUUUAGCACCGGUCAUUGAGUAACGAUCUUCUAGGAGCAAUGCUUACAGUGUGAUUGGUAAACUCCCUCCCUCCUCUGGGUUUUUUUUCCUUGUUACUUAAGCACCCAAAGAUUUAGGAGCCUCGUCCAGUGCAGCUCCAUUUACUUUUCUGUUGAGUUAUGGAGGGAACAAAUGGGUCUGAGGGUUAAUUUUCUGGAGUUGAUUUUUUCCCCCACCCUGCCACAUUGCUGCUGAGCUGCAAGAUACCACCCAUGUAUGCCCUGCCUCAGCCAACUGCAGGCCUCCAGGGCCCCAGCAGAGGGGCUCAGACCCAGAUGCUCAGAGGUAGGUUGUUGCCGACUCCCCAGGGGAGAGAGGCACCCCUGUACUUUUGAGGGUCUGUGCCUUGACAGACCGUUGGAAGCCCACUCACUGUGUGUGGGUAAAGGGAUGUAGGUGACAGAGCGGUGCCUCCCUGCACGGGCAUGGCACGUUGUGCUUGCCAAGCCCCAUCUAGUGAUGUCGGCAUGUGACAGCCACAUGGGCUGCAAACCUCAUGCCUCGGUGGGACUGUUUGGUGUGCGUGUUUGAUGCAUUUUUCUAUCCACAGGCUGUUGCAGUUGAGUGCGUAGACUCUUCCCACACACACUUCCCCUAUUGUUUAAGACAAUUCUGGCACAAACUGUGUAAUUUCUGUGACUCUUCUGUAUUUUUUAAAUUUCCAAUAUACGUCAUAAUCCCCAUGUAGCUUUCAGUUUUCUUGAAAUAAACAUCUACUGCAUCG